AUGAACUCACAAAUUGCUGAUAAAAAUAAUGAUCUAAUCCAGUCUACUAAAGCUAUUGGACUUGAAAACUUGGGGGUGUAUCCAGACACUAUUUGUAGAAGUGCAAAGCCAAGGCCAAAGAGGUUAAGCCUUGAUCUCCAGAUGACCAAGAAGUGGAAAAGCAGGUCUUGACAAGUGAAGUUUAAAUUGGAUGAGCACUAUGAUGUUAUUAAGACAUUGGGAUCGGGCACUUAUGCUUCAGUCAAGCUUGCCACUUGUCUGAAUGAUAAUAAACAAGUCGCUGUUAAGAUUUCAAGAAGAAUUAACUCUUGUGAAAAACUAGCCAGCGAGUAUAAAAUCCUCUCAGAACUCGACCACGACUGUAUCAUCAAGCCACUCAAAUUCAUCACAAACGAGAUGAAGCAAGAAGCUUACUUGGUUUUGGAGUAUUUUGAAGGCACCGACCUUAAAGAAUUCGUUCAACAGAAUGGUCCACUUUCAGUUGAAGACACUCUCAAAGUGGUACAUCAGCUGUCAUCAUGAGUUGCCUACUUACACAGUAAGGGUGUCGCUCACAGAGAUAUUAAGCCAGAAAAUGUUUUAAUCGAUGCCGAUCUGAAUAUCAAGCUGAUCGAUUUCAAUAUCUCCAAAAAGAUGAAGUCUGGCAGCAUUGAAGAUGGGUGAAAAUUCAGUUCGGUAUUUUACACCCAGAUAUCAUCUCCACUGUAUGCAGCUCCAGAGAUCAAGGAGAAUUUGUUGUAUACAGAGAGUGUCGAUAUCUGGGGGAUCGGCAUCAUCAUGUUCACAUGCAUUUAUGGAUGCUCAAAGUCAAAGUGAAAUUACAGCAAGGCUUUUGACCAAAACCGAAUGAAAGAAACCGUCGAAUUUGAUUCACUACUACAUGACCAGGUCAAAGACUUGCUCUCCAAAAUGUUGUGAGAGGAUCCUCAGCUUAGAUUAACAGCUGAUGAGAUCCUCUCCAACGAUUCCUUAAUAACACCUUUAUCAUAAAAAGAUUUCUAUAAUAAAACCAUUGACAGGGAAUUUAAAUUUUUUACUUUUAAUGAAGUUUCUUGGCUAAAGUUUCCGUUAAAUUUUAUUUCAAAUUUCAAAAACAAUUUAUGUUUACUUUAACUUCACAGGAGCUAUUUUUAUUCAUCCUCAUGAUUUCCUAUAUAAACGAUUGUAUCAAGCCAAAUGUGUAGGGUUUUGGUAGAUAAAUUAAUAUUUUCGAGAAUUUUUAUUGAAACUGUCAAAAAUUCAUAGACGAUUUGGUGCAGUAAACUCAUUUGCUGAGUAUAAAUCAUCAAUAUUAAAAUUGUAAGUCCAUCAAAGUUUAUCUAAGAAGCCAAGGUCAUUAAUCCUCCACCAAGAAAUCUGAAACAAGGAUACUGAUUUUACAUGACAGUAUUAUCUAUAAACCAGCUAGAUUAUUUUAUCGAGAAAGUUGCUAAAAUAAAGCAUUAACUUGAUAUAAAUUGGUGUAGUAAAAACCCUCUUGUCCUGCUACAUGUCCAACACCAUAAUACCCUGAAUCUUAUUGGAGUGUAUAAUUCUUAUAACUAAUCACAGCCGGUAUGGGCUGAUUCUGUGCAGGAUUGCUAACCACUUUAAUUCACCAGUUUGCUUGAUAAUAUGUUGACGAUUAUUAUUAGCAUAUAAGUCUAUCAAACUCAUUAGUUUUAAAUUAUUGACUAUUUAAUCUCAUGGACUCUCGAAUUUAUCUGAAUAUCUCCUCCAAAAGUUCAAUGAUGACUCUCUAAUAUUUCUUUAUUCACGGGGCUUCAUUUUCCAAAUUUUGAUGAAACACAUUUUAUAAAAUCUGAGAUUCUCCUAAUUUCCUAAAAAUUCUAAAAUAAUCUCUGCAUGCACAAAGCCCUUACCACAACCAUCCGCCACCUCCUAACUUCCUUCUAUACCUACC